AUGGCAGAUUGUCGAGAACAACUCGCGGCUGUAAAAUUGUGUUUCCUGUUGGGGAAAUCGGCCGCGGAAACUAUUGUAAUGCUUAAGACUGCUUAUGGGGAUGCUGCCCUAAGUAAAACCAGAGUCUACAAGUGGUUUUCACGUUUUAAAAAUGGGGAAAUGACAAUUGGAGACCAACCUCGUUCAGGAUCCCGAAACAAAGCAGCAAUGGAGUCAGUGGAAGACAGAGGUGUUGUGCACGCGGAGUUAACGCCCCCGGGCCAAACUGUUAACCAGAAGUUCUACUUGGAAGCUUUGAAAAGAUUGAGGGAGAGUAUCCGGAAGAAAAGGGCAGAUCUUUGGGACACAUAG